AUGCCGGCUAAGAUCUUGCUAUUAUUUCUCGCGCUAACGGCGAUUAAGAUCAACACUGCAAUAGCAUACUCGAACAACUCAAACGCUAUUUACACCUGGGAAGGUGGUCGCAUAGAGUGGCCAUGUCCAACGACGAAACGACUGAUAAAGGCUGCUGCAAAGUACACCCCUAGAGAUAUAAUCGCAACUCGAUGUCAAAGAGUAGAAGGCAAAACAGUUUGUGCAUUUCCGCGUUAUAAGAACAUCAUACCAAUCACUUUGAGUCAAAUCUAUGCUACUAAGAAGGGUUGUGAUGUAAAAUUCGAGCCUUUUCCAUGUUGGACUGAACAAGAGGAGGGGAACUGCGAUGCUCUGCAGUCAGUUAUUGAUAUUUUCAGUGUCGGUGAAUUCGUUUGGGUUCUGGAUAGCGGUAUUAUACAAACACUCAGAACACCUAUUCAACGGUGCUCGCCGAAGAUUGUAGUCUAUCAAGGUAAAACUGGUACGAAGCUAAAAACAAUCAGUCUAGAACGAUUCGUAACUGAGAAGUCAAGACUGCAGUAUCUGCAGGUUGAAUGUUUGAAAGGAGGUCACUGCUAUGUCUACAUUAGCGAUCCUGGAAACAAUGUUAUUAUUGUGUAUGACGUAUACGGAGGACGCGGUUACAGAAUUAUUCUUCCAAAAGCUGUACAUCACGGUUGCCGGAUCAGAGACGUGCUCUACAUCUUCCUGAUACACCAAAAGGAAGGAACCCAGUUGUACUUCAGUUAUCUUUGUGGGCAACGACUCUUCGCCAUUCGGACAGAACAUCUACGAAAAGGUCAAGGAGGCAGUAUCAUAGAUAUCGGUGAAAAACCAAACGUUCCUAUUUUCGUUGGAACUGAUGCCGGCAGUGGUGUAUUUUUCCGAGAAGAAGGUGACAGCGAUGUGUAUUACUGGAAUACGAACCAAUGCUACAAAAAAAGUAAUUUCAAAAUGGUUCACAAGAGUGUUGGGGGUCUGUAUGCUACCCAUGUGUUCCCAGAUUUUAAAAUAAAUCGACUGCUUAUCCUGGAAAACGAUUUUCCAAGUUAUGUUAAGGACUUUGCGGGUUGUGGUACAUUGCACCAGAUUUCAAUAUUAGAUGGAACGUACACGUGUGAGUAG